GACUGCACAGCAACGCCACGGAGAAAAACUGAGUCUAAAAUGUGUCUUUUUUGACAACUUUACAGGCGUAAAUUCAGGUUCUCUGAAAUUCAUUCACGCAUGCGCGCUAGAGCCAGAGAGUUUGUCAACAACAUCGUAGAAGUCGUCAUAGCGCGCCAUAUUGAACGCUAAGCACGAGGAUUUCAGCAAUUUUGAACAUUUGGAAAUGGAAAAAAAUAAUGAAUCACGCUCUAGUGAUCCUGCGUGUGAAAGGUUAAAUGAUCCUUCACCAAAGGCUUAUGUGCGUUGUGUGGUGUGUAAUGCCAAUUCUUGGUAUUUUCCUGAAAGAAAAUUCUUUCGGUUUCCUAAAAAUCCAGAGAGAUCAGCACAAUGGCUUGAAGCAUGUAGAAUUUACUUGAUUGGACGUGACAAGGAAAUAUUAAAGAAGCCACCUUCUCUUUUAUAUCGAAGUCGUCUUUGUUCCGCACAUUUUGAAGACAAUGCAUAUUCCACAACUAAGAAGCAUUUUUUGCAUUCGAGUGCUAAACCAACAAAAUUUGGUGAAACAGCUGAUGAGCUGUCCAGAAACGAACGACAGAGUUGUAAAUGUUCAUCAGCUGUCUAUGAAGUUGUGCUCGAAAUUGCAGCAGCAUGCAAUCAGUAUCGAUGAUAAUUCAAGUCCUUUGGCAGAAACAGAUUCUGGCACUUCACAAACAGAUUCUGGCUCUCUAGAACUUGGUUCACACCAGCACUCCAUAGAACUAAAUAAUAUCACCGAGACACCAAAAAGAUUAAAAUGCAACAAAAAUUUAACACCAAAAUCUUUAAAAAUAAGGCAGUUAAGUCAUAAGCUGGCAUAUUUAAAACGAAAACAUUCAGCAAAAAGGAAAGCAAACAAAGCUGGAGUCGAAAAGGCACUCCAGCUGAUUAGCUCAUUAGUUAGUUCUGUAGUUUUCACUUUUAUAAAAUCACAAAUAAAAGCAUCAAAUGUGUCAAAAUACGGACGAAGAUGGUCACUGAUGGAUAAAAAUUUGUGCCUUCAGAUCUAUCUUAGUAGUCCAAAAUCAUAUAAUACACUGAAGGCUUUUUUGCAUUUGCCCAGCAAGCCUACAUUAUUGAAAGCUGUAUCUGGUAUAAAAAUGGAACCUGGAUUUUCAGUUGCUGUGCUCAAUGCCAUAAAAUUAGUUGCUAGCAAACUGAAAAUCCAUGACAGGUAUUGCAUCUUAUCCUUCGAUGAAAUCACUUUAAAGCAAAGCUUAUCUUAUGAUAAGAAAAGUGAUUACAUUGUUGGAUUUGAAAAUUAUGGUUCCUACACUGAACUAAAAAUGUUUCCCGAAUAUGCAACUCAUGGUCUUGUUUUUAUGGUCCGUGGGCUGUGUAAAAA